AAAGCAUACUCGAAUUUCCAACUUUCAGAACAAAUGCUAAGAAUCUAGUUAAACUGAUGAGUUGCCUGAGGAUGUUUAUUUUUCUAUGUUACGUUGUGUUCUGUUCACUUUUUAUGUCAAUAAGUGAGCGCUUUUCAGUUCGUCUUUAAAACGUGACCGCACGAUCCUUAAUUCACCACGAUGGUUAGGGAAGACAGAACCACCUGGAAAGCUAACUAUUUCCUAAAGCUUGUUGAGCUGUUCGAUGAAUAUCCAAAAUGCUUCCUUGUUGGAGUUGAUAACGUUGGAUCGAAGCAGAUGCAAGAAAUCCGACAGGCAAUGAGGGGCCAUGCUGUUAUUCUCAUGGGGAAGAACACCAUGAUUCGUAAGGCCAUUCGCGGACAUCUGUCGAAAAACCCGGCUCUCGAGAAGCUGUUGCCGUAUAUUGUGCAGAACGUCGGCUUUGUUUUCACCAAGGAAGAUUUGGGAGAAAUUCGCACCAAACUGUUAGAGAACAGAAGAGGGGCUCCUGCGAAGGCUGGUGCAAUUGCUCCUUGCGAUGUGAAGCUGCCUCCGCAAAACACUGGUAUGGGGCCCGAGAAGACCUCGUUCUUCCAGGCUUUGCAGAUUCCUACCAAGAUUGCCAGGGGUACCAUAGAAAUCUUGAAUGAGGUGCAUCUGAUCAAGGUUGGCGAGAAGGUUGGCGCUUCUGAAGCCGCUUUGCUCAACAUGCUUGGCGUUACACCGUUCUCGUACGGUCUUGUAGUGCUGCAAGUUUAUGACAACGGUACCAUUUACUCACCCGAAGUGCUCGAUAUGACCACCGACGAAUUGCGCAAGCGCUUCCUGGCUGGAGUUCGCAACGUUGCAGCCGUCUCACUUGCCAUCAAGUAUCCGACCAUGGUGUCGGUCGCUCAUUCGUUGGCCAGAGGGCUGCAGAACAUGCUUGGAAUCGCAGCCGCUACCGACGUCACUUUCAAGGAGGCAGAGCAGCUCAAGGAAUACUUGGCCGACCCGAGCAAGUUUGCUGCUGCUGCUGCGCCCGCUGCCAGCUCAGCCGCUCCUGCUGCUGCCGCUGCCGAGACCAAGAAGGAGGAGGUCAAGGAGGAGUCCGAGGACGAAGAUCUGGGCUUCGGAUUGUUUGACUGA